AGGGGAGGGAGGAAGCUCUGUCCGCCCAGCAGAGCGAUCCCUGGGAGCCGAGCUCAGCUCAUCAGCCGGCCCUUCUGCAACGAGCAAGCCCGGGGACCCCCAAAACACAGCUCUCUCUUCCAGGGUUCAUUGAUGGUGAAUAGAAAUCUCUGAAUCGCAAGAGGGUCCCGACUGAGCGACGCAAAAUGACCGAUGUCCCCAUCGACAAAUCGAGCCUUCCUCGGGUCAAUGAAGUUUGCCGUGACUUUGCGGUACUUGAAGAUGGCGCUCUCGCUCAUUGCUUGCAGGAACAGGAAAUUGAACAACAUUAUGCCUCCAAUAUUCGAAAGAAUAAGUUGGUCCAGAAGGAUAUCCGCAUCGCCAAGAAACUGCAGGAUGAAGAGGACCUUCAGUGCAAGGUGUUCAGCUUAGAGAAGCAGAAGCAGAUCGAGGAGCUGGAUUCGGAGUAUGCUCGGGCGGUGCAGGAGGAACUGCAAAGGAAAGCGGCGGAGUGCUUACAGAGAGAAGAGGAGGACAAGGAAAUAGCCAAGCGGCUGCAGCAGCUGGAAGAGGAGGAACUGCAGAGAAAGAAGCAAGACAUGUCGAGGGGAGAACACGGGAAUCUCCAGCAACCCUACCUGACACCUUUGGAGAAUGAGGAAGAGGAAGAUUAUCUCUUCCGAAAUAAUAGUAAAAAGAGUGUAAAUACACCCGAUUACAGACGGGUACAGAGGAGCUCUGAGCGAGAGCAGAGCUCGAGGCAUUCUGAGGAGGAACUUGGCAGAGUCCAUUCUGCUCACAAAGGCCAUUCCAACAGAGUUUCCUUCGGGCAAAUCCAUUAUGAGAGUAACAGUUGUAAAAAUGACAAAGCGUCAGAUGUUUGGAAAGAACCCAGCCGUAGGGAACACGUGCAGGUUCCUUACCGGAAUCCUAGAAGCUCUUUGGAGAGAAGUCCGUGCCACCCAAGCCGUGUGGAGGUGAAGCACGAUAGGGAGAUCAUUCGCAAAGAGGAGACUGUUAGGGUGCAGAGAGAGAAGCAUUGUAAGCAUUACCCCGAAAGGUGCAGGCGCUCCAGCUCAGACAGCGAUGACUGUACCGAUCAAUGUGUCAGGGACAGGAGGAGUCGUCGGUCGCAAUGGAAUCAAAGCCGAGACCGCCACCAUCAUCGACCUUUGAAUAAACCUCACUCUAGAAAGUCAAGUCACAUUUUGAGAUCAGACGAAGACCCUAAAACAAGCUUUGAUAUAAAUCCACUGGACUGGAAGAUGGCAGAGUUACACGUUCAGAGCUCUGAUCAGCUGUUACAAGACGAAGAACUCGCCAGACAACUGCAAGAAGAGGAGGAGAAACGCAUUGCAAAACUGAAACAACGGGAGCAGCAUGAAGACUUUCGGGCAGCGCAGGUUGCGCAAGACGAGGAAAUUGCCAAGUAUAUUCAACGGCAGGAGCUGGAAGCGCGCAGGCGAUCGGAAGAGCUCGAUCUUAACCAAGAGAGUGAUGAUGACAUCAGUAUUUGUAGUUUUUCGGAAAGGCGGAGCUUGGGCGUUAAGAAUGAAGUGCCUCCCUGUAACCAAGGGCGUUUGGACUCCGAAGGCUUGGCCUCACCGACCGAAUGUCGCACUCCUGAGAGAAUGGAGGUUUCUACGGCAGAAGGACUUCAUGACCAGACCAACCUCAGGUCACCCAGAAAUAUUGCGGAAGAGCUCGAUCCAACUUUUAAAUCAAAAAAGGAAUCUACUAGUGAUGUAUUUGCAGACUGUUCACAAGAAUUUCCUGUAACCGGUCAGACCCAAGCCGUGCCGGUUGAUGGUCUUUACGAACUAAUGGAUGAUGGAGCCAACCCGCUAUUCAUACCGCCGACAAAACGUCAGCCGGAGAAACUGGGACGCACCAAACCCAAAGACAAGAAAGAAGGUUGCAAGCAACAAUGACCUAACCUUUGCCUAGCCAUCAUCCUAUUGCCAAACUUUUGUGUUCCAUGUCAAGUUAGCGUUGUAGACCUCUUCUGUGUGCGUCAACACAAGUGGAACUAACUCAUUCAGGGAUGAAGAAGAUAAUCUGAUUUCUGCAUACAGGUGCCUUAGGCAUGGACUUUAGAAAAAAAAAAAAGGCUGUUAUAAACCUUUUGAGGGCCAGUAGGGACAUCAACCCUCUGGCACUCAAAGGGGGUUAAUCCAAUGCCAGACCCUAAGUUUGGCGAUUUAAGAAGCACACGUUAAUUACAUAAUGUCUGAUCCCCCUAGAGGAUUCAUACCGUCAUUCUUAUUCAAUUUAGCAGUGUUUUACCUACUCCGAACGGCAUAUGAAAAGUAUUUCAUUGUGACUUGUGCAUUAGUUCUAUCAUGUAAAUGAAUUUCUUAAAAAAAAAAAAGAAAAAAAAUACAAUUUCAGAUCUUCACAAAAGAAGACAUUUACGUGCAGAACUUUAGAAGUCUUUUUUUUUUUCUUUUUUGUAUUACUCCCAUGGUAUGUUAUUUGAAGUUUGCUUAUUCACUAUUUUUUUUUUUUUUGUUCCUAUUAUACCGAAUCGUCCCUGUUAAGUGUUUCUUUGAAUUGCGAAAUAACGCAGUGUUUGAGUACAAUAAUUUUGAAAUAUUUUGCACUGAUUUUGUUUUUAUUAUUGUUAUUCCAAUACUUUCUGGUGCUUUUGUGUAUAGAUCCCAGAUGCCUUUUAGAACUUUACUUUGAGAGAGAGAGAAAAAAAAAAACAUUUUUAUAUAAAAUACAGUAUUAUUUCUA